CCAUUUCCGUUUCCGCCGCCGUCCAUUGCGGAAGUGCUUUCGCACUGCGGCCUGGUUUGGGACGGGGCAGAGCCUCGGGCUGCGUUGCUAGGGGCAACGUCGAGGCCUAGUCGGCCAUGGAGAAGCCGGGGGCUUUAGUGCCGGUCCAGGCCGAGGCCCGCGCCGUCGUGGCGGUGAAGGAGGCCGACCCUGGGCCUCCCAAGAGCGGCAAGAGGGUCCUGGACGAAGACAGCUACAUCCAGAGCCUGGAGAAAAUCAUCCAAAGGGAUUUCUUCCCUGAUGUGGAGAAGCUCCGAGCUCAAAAGGACUACCUGGAGGCCGAAGAGAGCGGCGACUUGGAGAAAAUGAGGCAGAUCGCCAUCAAAUUUGGCUCUUCCCUGGGCAAGUCGUCCAAAGACACACCGGCGCCAUAUGUUACUCCAGCAACAUUUGAAACGCCAGAGGUUCACCCUGGGGACCCGGCUAUAUUGAACAAGCCCAAAGUGCCAGUGAAGACUCGGGAGGAAGGGGAAGCCGGGGAAGAAGACAGUAAAGGUGUCCUGCCCAGCCUAGACACUUUCCUGGCCAAGCACACCAGCGAGGAUAAUGCGUCCUUUGAGCAGAUCAUGGAAGUAGCCGAAGAGAAGGAGAAAGCGAGGCACUCGUGGCUGUACGAAGCCGAAGAGGAGUUUGCCCAGCGGCAUCAAGAACAGCUGGCCCUUCCCUCCACAGAAGAGCAGCAGGCCCUGACUUAUGGGAAAGCUGGAGUCGAGACAUGGGAAUAUAAAGCAAAGAAUUCCCUGAUGUACUACCCACCAGGCGUUCCCGAUGAGGAAGACGUCUUUAAAAAGCCGCGCGAAGUGGUCCACCAAAACACCCGCUUCCUGAAAGAUCCGUUCAGCCAAGCAGUGAGCAAAACCCAGCUCCAGCAGGCAGCUGCCCUCAAUGCUCAGUACAAGCAGGGGAAAGUUGGCCCCGAUGGGAAAGAACUCAUCCCCCAAGAAUCCCCCAAGGUUAAUGGCUAUGGAUUUGUGGCCACCCCGUCCCCUGCGCCAGGUGUGAAUGACUCUCCUCUGAUGACUUGGGGGGAAAUAGAAAGCACCCCUUUGCGGCUCGAAGGCUCCGACACACCUUACGUGGACAGGACCCCCGGACCAGCAUUCAAGAUUCUGGAGCCUGGCCGCAGAGAGAGGCUUGGGCUGAAGAUGGCCAAUGAGGCAGCCGCAAAAAACCGGGCAAAGAAGCAGGAAGCGUUACGGAGAGUCACCGAGAACCUGGCCAGCCUCACUCCUAAAGGACUCAGCCCAGCUAUGUCUCCGGCCCUGCAGCGCUUGGUCAACAGGACUGCCAGCAAAUUCACCGACAAAGCUCUCCGGGCCAGCUACACCCCUUCCCCGGCCCACUUAGGCACCCCGGGCUACAAGACCCCAGCGGGCGGCCCCCAGACGCCCACCGUCACCCCCACGCCCCGGACACUCUCCCAGACACCGGUGAACCAGGAUCCGGCCUCAAUCACAGACAACCUGCUGCAGCUCCCAAAGAGGCGCAAAGCGUCGGACUUCUUCUAAGCCCUGCGGUCGCUCGUGGGGUCCCGCGGAGCUGGUGAGACUCAGCCGGAGGAGUUGGCCUCUCUACACAGGUUUAUCUGCCAUCUAAUCCUGUGUUGUGGUGGCAGAAGUAGCCUUUACUGAGCACAACUCAAGCUCCUUGUAUCCCGGGCGUUGCUGACACCAGGCAAGAAAAGACUAGAGCUGCCGUAUUGUUGGGCCCUUGGAUGCAUUCUGAAUUGUUUUGGAUGGCUGCGGCAGCGUUUGGACGCCAAUCUGACUCAAUGGCAGGUCUUUUUUAUUUAUUGAUCACCGAAAGCCUUUGAAUAAAGGCCUGGCAAAGAUUUGAA